GCGCGGCGUCGGGAGAAAGUGCGCAGGCGCGGGCAGCACUGUGGUAGUGGCGGUUGGCGUGCUUGGGAUCCCGGACGGCGACCAUGACCCAGCAGGGCGCGGCGCUGCAGAACUACAACAACGAGCUGGUCAAGUGCAUCGAAGAGCUGUGCCAGAAGCGAGAAGAGUUGUGCCGGCAGAUCCAGCAGGAGGAGGAUGAGAAGCAGCGGCUGCAGAAUGAGGUGAAGCAGCUCACAGAGAAACUGGCCCGAGUCAAUGAAAACCUGGCACGCAAGAUCGCCUCUCGCAACGAGCUUGACCAGACCAUCGCAGAGACAGAGGCUGCUUACCUCAAGAUCCUGGAGAGCUCACAGACUCUGCUUAGUGUCCUGAAGAGGGAAGCUGGGAACCUGACCAAGGCCACGAUCUCAGAGCAGAAGAGCAGUGGGGGCAAGGACAGCUGAUGAGGCCACAGGCGGGGAGGGGUGUGCCCUUGUCCAUCAGUGGCCUGGCUCCCAGCAAGUCUGUCUUCAAAGCAUCUUGGUUCCUUAAGGCAACAGCUGCCUUCUCUGUCUCCAGUGCCAGGAGGCAGCUGCCACUCCUCACGGGCCCAAGGUGACAAAAAAGUCCUGGGUGCAGCCCUCCAGGUUGGGUUCCUGGCCCUGUACUCACACGGGCUAUGGGGAGGGCAGGCCCUGGGUCAGCUCUGCUCAGGGCCCCUUUGAAGACCCCACACCCCACUGGGCUGCCAGAGAGGCCAUGCUUCUAGUUUCAGCACUAUCGGAGUCCCUUCACCUGUCCCUGGGCCAGCAGGUGCCCAGGCCAGCCAAGCUGGGGAGGGCUAAGGGCCUCCUUCACCUCAGAGUUCGCUCUAGUAAUCUGUGCCUGUCAAUAAAGGUUGUCUUUGUAAAUAUC